GAUGAGAUGAUGUUUCUGGUUUUGGACCGAGGGUAGUUCUUACAAUAUUCCUUUCUAGGGCUAUACUAUUAUACCUAAUGCUUCUCGAAGUCAAAAGGAUUGUUACCAUCCCUCUUGGCCCAUUGGCAGCAAUUUUCAUAGAUCCAUGUCAAUAGCAGUCACCAGUCACCACACACACAUGAUGUCACAAUACCUGAUUUUGGCCAUCAAUUAGUCCUUCAACAGUUUAACCUAUCAAUUAUUCUUGCUUCUUUCUAUUUGAACUUCAAAUUUUUUUUUUCAUGAAAGUCUCUUCAAGUUGGAUAUCACGAAAAUGAGAAAACCUUUAUUUUCUCUUCAAGUUGGAUAAUUGCACCCAUCUAUUUUUCACUAUAAAAUCUAGCAUCCUCAAAGAUUGAAUUCAAAGCACCACUCUCAUCUCAAAAGCAAUAGGUAAGAAAAAAACUAUCAUCAUUCAUCACAAUAAUACCUCACUAGAUUUAAAAAGCACAAAUCUCACAUCACACCACAUUCAAACAGACACUAAAUCCACAUCAUAUCAUAUGUUUGCAUCCCCUUUUUUUUUAUCCCCUCCCUUUUAACUUCUCAUGUACAGUUCUCCCAUGUCCCAAAUUUUUCACCCACAGAAACUUCUCUGACCAAAAAACAACACAACCCACAACAAUUUCAAAAUAACACAUACCCAAAAAGAAAAAAACAGUCUUUAUUACUCUCUUCUGUUAUUGCAGUCAUGCCUUUCUUCUUUCACAGUUCCAAUAUUCAUUCUUCCCUCCCAAGCUUUUGAUUAUUCCACCACUUUACCUAACAACAAAACCCUAGAUUUUCUCUUUCCAAUCACUUAAUUCUCCGAGUUCUUCACCCAAAAGGCAAAAGAUACUCAAAAUUCCCCCUUUUUAUUUUUCCUUUCAAUCAUAUCCCCUUCUCAAUUCUCUGAUUAUCUGAUUUAUUCAACUGCUUCUGGCGUUUCCCCUUUGCAUAAACCCCAACUUUCACGUGGGUCUCUGAAAAAAUCUCACCUUUUCCUCUCUGAUCACGAAUGGUUUGCAGUUACAACAACAAUGUCAGAUGACAUGCUCAUUCAUUUCUCAUCCAACUCUUCCAACCAAUCAGAUCAGUCUCUGCCUACAAAGAUUGCUAAGUUGGAAGCUCGAAUGGUUGGUAAGGGUUCCUCCACCGCUGCUCAGCAAUCAGGUUGGUCCUCUGCGUCUGUUCCUUCUGCUGGGAAAUUUGGCGGAGCUGCUGAAAAUUUGGCUGAACCAUCCACUUCCAGUGAUUCUGAUGAUGAUAAUGGUGGGAAAUUCUUAAUACAAGCCAACACUCAGAAACGCCAAAAACUUCAAGAAGAUGGCAGCGCAAGUGUUUUUGAAUGUGUUGAGGUUGUUACCGAUGGAAGGCAAACUAGUUUGGAGGCUGUGGAGACGAAAAAUAAUAUUGAUGUGAAUAGAAAGAAACAUGGCCGUGGAAGAGGGAGUUCUGGUUCAGGUAGAGGCCGUGGUUCCAGAGUUACUGAUCAGACCAAAACACCAAUUUCUCCACCAACUGUUUUGGCUUCAAAUGGUCACAUUGAGAAUGUAUACCAUAAAGAUGGUAGACUCAGUGAUCAGUUUCAUAGUGAUAAUUCUGCUUCAUUAGAGGAGGACGUUGCAUCUUUACAAGCAAAAGUUGUUGCAUUGGAGGAGGAAUUGCGCAAAUCAAAGCAAGAGACCGCUGAUUAUCAAAAUCUUUAUCGACAGUUAGAAAAGGAACUGAAGGAGCUGAAUGAUCAUGAACAGAAAAUGAAGCCUAAGAGAAUGAAAAUAAUAUCUGACUUGCUGAUAUCCGUUUCAAAGGCUGAGAGACAAGAAGCAAGGUUGAAAGUACGGCAAGACUCAUUGAGACUUGGAAAUGUUGGUGUAAUCAGAGCUGGAACUGUCAUAUCCGAGACCUGGGAAGAUGGUCAAGCUUUAAAGGAUCUGAAUGCCCAGCUUAAACAACUAAUAGAAACAAAGGAGGCAAUCGAGCGGCAGCGCAAGUUAUUGAAGAAAAAACAAUCUGAUAAGGGUGAUGGAACAGCAGAUGCAGAGGCUGGAUUACCAGAAGAUAUUCUAAUUCAUGAUGAGAUCUACAAAUCUCGAUUAGCUAGCCUUAAAAGAGAAGAAGAAAAUAUUUUGCGGGAGAGAGAACGAUAUGAAAUAGAGAAGGGGAGGUUAAUUCGUGAAAUGAAACGUAUACGAGAUGAAGAUGGUUCGCGGUUUAACAACUUUCAGAUUCUAAAUCAUCGCUAUGCCCUUCUUAACCUUCUUGGAAAAGGAGGAUUCAGUGAGGUGUACAAGGCUUUUGACUUGGUUGAGCAUAGAUAUGUUGCAUGCAAGCUUCAUGGUUUAAAUGCUCAAUGGAGUGAAGAGAAGAAGCAAAGCUACAUACGCCAUGCAAUUCGGGAGUAUAAUAUUCACAAGACUCUUGUACAUCGUCACAUUGUUCGUUUAUGGGACAUUUUUGAGAUUGAUCAAAACACAUUUUGCACCGUUCUAGAGUAUUGUAGUGGGAAAGAUCUUGAUGCUGUCCUCAAGGCAACACCUAUAUUACCCGAGAGGGAGGCUAAGGUCAUCAUAGUUCAAAUUUUUCAAGGCCUUAUUUACAUGAAUAAAAGAGCACAGAAGAUUAUCCAUUAUGAUUUGAAGCCUGGAAAUGUUCUGUUUGAUGAGCUUGGUGUUGCCAAAGUGACUGAUUUUGGUCUUAGUAAGAUAGUGGAGGAUGAUGUGGGAUCCCAGGGCAUGGAACUUACAUCCCAGGGAGCUGGAACAUACUGGUAUUUACCUCCUGAAUGCUUUGAGCUCAGCAAGACACCUCUUAUAUCAUCAAAGGUUGAUGUCUGGUCUGCUGGAAUUUUGUAUUAUCAAAUCCUCUUUGGCCGACGUCCUUUUGGGCAUGACCAAACACAAGAGAGAAUACUUCGUGAAGACACAAUUAUUAAGGCACGCAAGGUUGAAUUUCCUUCUAGACCUACCAUUUCUAAUGAGGCAAAGGAUUUUAUUCGACGGUGUCUAACAUAUAACCAGGCUGAGAGACCAGAUGUAUUAACCAUUGCUCAAGACCCAUAUCUCACUUUCUCAAAAAAGUAAUGGCAUUCAUUUACAUGGCUUCAUUAUCCAGACUCCACUUAGAAAGAAUGGAGGAUCUCAUCUUCUAACUUCAGUUACUGAAUCUGUUAAAUUUUGUAUAGGUUGUAAAGAUUUUGUAAUCUUGUCAAUGAGGCAGAGAGGGGGGUUUCCCCAUUCUGAAAGAGAGUCUAGUUAUUUUCAUGCAUCAUCUUUUGGUUCCAAGUAUGGGGGAGCAAAUGGCAUGUGGAUUUGAUUUGACCUCAAAAAGGGUCAGUAAGUAUAGGUACUCACUCGCAAGUGAGAAAGCUUGUGUUAUUUUUUCAAUACUCUUGCUCCUAAAUAUAGGAUUUUAAUGCAUUUUGAUUGGCUACUUUA